UUGCCUUGGCCGGACUCAGUCAGUUGAACUAGUCUGGUUCGCGGCUACAUUUCGCUGAGCGGUCGUUUUAUCAGAGUCAGAGGCAGUGGACGGACGAUUUUUCCACUUCAUCGUGUCUAUCACAGCCUCUCUAUUAGGGUAUUGCUUCAGUACUGUUGUUUGACUGAAACAGUGGCACUGAACGGUGCAUCUAUAAAUGUCUGUGUUAACGUUGUUUACAAGAGACGGAGAGCCCUUAAAGACGUCCAAAGGGAGAGAGAUCAGCACGUAGCUUUUUUGAAGGAGACGAAAGCGACGUUUACGGUCUAUUGAUCUUUUCUCUCGUCGCGUGCUGCCUCACGACAUCGACUCGUGGUGUGUAGAAUCUCAAUCUCAGAACUCAGCGGUUCUCAGAACGAAUCACUUCACUGUUCUGGUGGCUAACCGUUGAUGACUUUUGAGACAGUUCAAUGCUUCUUACUUAAAGGUCAUAGGAUAGAACAUGGCUACUUCUCAACGACUCCAGCAAGAUUACCUCACAUGCACACUGUGUUCCCAGCCCUUCAGUCAGCCUAAGACACUGCCAUGUCUGCACAAUUUCUGCAAGAAAUGUCUCUCAGACUAUCUUGUGAAAGAGAUGAGUGGAGGCAAACAUUCCACAUUCCUCUGCCCUGAGUGCAAAAAGAAGAUAUAUGUACCUGAUCCUGGCAAGGCUGUGAACCGCUGGGCUGCUCAGUUCCCCACCAACUUUAUGUUGUCCGGCAUGCUGGAAGCUAUUGCUCAGGAGGGAGAAAGUCGAGGUCAGGGGUCAGCCAUGGUGAGAGCAGCGAAAGAACGCCGUGGUGCAGCGGACAUACACGAGACAAGACGCCAUUUGGGGGAUUCUUCGCCCAAAGGUUCACCUCAGCUAAAUGAGAAAAGAUCAGCUUUAAGAAAAACCAUCUCAGGUGACAGCAACAUAUCAAUGCAGCUAAACGAUGUCCAGGCAAGACUGACCAUGUUGCAGACAGUGCUACAGAAGGACAAUAAAGAUAUGGACCACACAGUGAACAGCCUCAGGCAUCGUUUGCAGGAUCAGAAGCUGCGGUUGGAGAAGUCUUUCGAAAAAGUUUACAUCUUGAUUGAAGGACGUAAGGCACAGCUAUUGGAGGAGCUGGACAACACUUUUGUAGAGGAACAAGAUAGAAUAGCACAAAGCCAGCAAAGCUUCACCAAUGAUUUGGAAUCUGUGAAUAGCUGCAUGGAACUUCUCAAAAGUCUGGAUGAUCGGCCUGUGAGCGACGAAGUCCUGGUAGACAUGCUGGACGCCAUAAUGGCCCAACUGAAGGAAAUUGAAGCUCGUCCCCCAAAAGUUCAUGCCAGAGACGUGCGAUUUGAGCAGACUUUGGAAGCUGGCCGUUCGGUUUUACAACUAAUUGACCAUUUAGGUCAUGUAACCAUUACCAUGUCUGGAGAAAGUGAAACAAGUGCAGGUGGAGGUGGUAGAGGCUCGAAAAACAACUUGACAUCAGUUGGUCGAGACAGUUUUGAGGACAGUAGUGGGGCCGGAAAAACCACACGACUUCUCGCAAAACCCAAGUUUCUGACCGCUGUUCGGACCAAAAGUGAUGAUGGUAAAUGCCAACAAAUUUAUGACAUUGAUGUCAUGCCAAAUGGCACCAUUGUUAUGACAUCACUUGGUGAAAACAUUGUCCAGGCUGCCAAAAAAUGGGGAGACACGUAUAAAAUCACAGGUCGCCUUCAGUUGGACACACAACCCAAGUGUAUCGCUUCAGUGUCUCCCUUCUAUGUAGGAGUUGUUGGAAUUUCCUGUGUGUACAUCAUUGCUGUUGAUGAUAAACUUACCCUGAAGAAAACUGUACACACCGGGAAGGACUACAUGGGUAUAGCGGCAUACACUGAAACCAGUCUGAUUUUGUCCUGCCAAAAACCCCCUUGUAUUGACUUUGUUGGCCUCAAUGGGCUCAUCAGUGAGACCAUUGACCGUGAUCAUACAACAGGAACCAUGCUGCUCAAGAAUCCACAGUUCAUCGCAUCGUCAAAGGAAGGUGUCAUAUAUGCCACGGAUGCUUCCAGAGUGCCCCGGGUCCUCAGUGUGAAUAAUGCCGGGAAAUUACUCUACCAAUACCCAUCAGAUGGCUCUCCAGUUUUGAAGAUGCCUCAGGGGGUCUGCUGUGACAGUCAAGGUCACCUUUACGUCAUUGAUAGAGGUGAACGCAAGGUCAUCCUUCUUAGCCCGUCAGGUGAAAAGAUAAAGGACCUUCUCACAGAAGAAAAUGGAAUUACAGAUCCUUGUGGUAUUUGUGUUGACAAGGAUGAUGUUCUCUAUGUUACCAAUAACUUCACUGAGAUUAUGGUGUUUCAGACAAAGUAACUGAAAUGCUAAAUAAGCUCAUUCUUUUUUCUGGAGUUAUAAAAUGUGCCCAUGGAUUAAAAACAUGGUAUUUAUUCAGUUAUAUUUAUGUACGUUUGUUUUGAAGUGUGUUGGACUGUUACUUCUAGAACUGUUUACAAGGAAAUAGACAGAUGAUGUCUCUUUGGCCUAUCUAACAAAUCAUUUCUCUGAUGUCUUGAUAUUUUGAGUUAUGGAACUGGUAUCACAUAAGAACCUGUCAAUUUGAAUGAAUUGAUUUUUAAAUAUAUCUAGAUAGAAUCAGUUUGUACUGUGACACUUCUGAGUGACGUGUUUGUUCAAAAGGAUAUAAUAUAUAGACUUUAGUUCUCUACUUGUUGAGCUUGUUUUCAUGUAACAUCUAAUCUGAAGAAUAAUGUCAUAAAAACAUGUUAAUCAGGAGCUCUGCGUUAGCAGCUCAUUAUUUUUCUGUACUUACGAUUUACUAUAAUAUGGUAAAUAAAUUGUUUUUCUUCCUGUACACUUAUUCAUUAUGGACUUUGCCAAUGUUGUAUGGUGUGUAUCUGUAACAUUCACAUCUUUAUACAACGUAUUGAACGUAGCCAAUUGUUCUAAAUGUCAUCAUUGUUUGAAAAAGACAAAAUUUGAUCAUGUGUUCUUAUUGUCAAGUAGAAGCAAUCAAUGUUAUGUACUACUUUCUGUGGCAAUUUUAUAAAUCAAGGAAACUUUUUCAACAGUCUGAAAGAAUUCAACUGAUUUAAAGGAUGAGAGAAGACUCUCCAUUUAUCAGAGCACUUUUGUACUAUUUAUAGUGCAGGCUGAUUCCUGCUUUUUAUUGACAACCCACAGCUUUACCUCUACAGUGGUUUAACUUAAGGACAAGAAAAGAGUUGACUUAUUUCUUCUUGUUACCUGGUUAACUCUUCAAAGACGAAACAGACGCAUCUGUCUGACUAGCAGCAGAAGAAAGUCAAUGUUUUGGCCCGUUUCUUAACCCAAUACCAUCAGAAAUGCAAAUUUUGCUAGUUCACAAUAAUCAUGUUGUUGCCAAUCUUUUUAAGAUUCAUAUAUAUAUUUAAAGAAAAUAGAAGUGAAAAAUCAGCAUGAAUGACUUAACGAAGUUAUGCGCCUUUUUGAAAGUGUCCUCAAAACAUUUUGUACUCUAGCGCUGUAAAAGAUGGGUCCUCCAAGAUUUAAAACAUCACAACAUCGAUGUGUUUGACCUUACUCUAAAACAAAGAUAAACUCCAGAUGUAAUCUCAUUAAAAAUUGAGAAGCAACUUUCCUUCCCACAAGAGAGCAUCCUUAAAAGCCGAGAACCCAUCUCUCAUCAAGUGUCUGUAUUUUUUACACUGUCUUCAUCUGUAGGCCUUUUGCUAGUUAAAAGUUCCUGCGUAAUCAAACAAAACUUGGGUACCAGGUAUUUGCAAUGAACUAUUUAUAGGUGGGGUUUGUAUCAUGGAUUGACUAAAUGCUUUUUGCUGGUGUGGGUGAAAUAUCUUGUCAGUUUUUUACUGUUUUAGUGAGUGCAAUCAGCAGCUUGCACUGAAUGUUUCCCAGGAAGCUGAGAAUGUUUCUGGGUGUUCUAGAGUCUGCAGGGAUAAAAAAUGGUUGUAAAGCACUUAAAGCUUUCUCUAGAGUGUGGGUGUGCGCUAAUACAACUAUUUCAAAUAAUGUACCCAUGCCUAGUUAAUGUGUUCUUGCAUUACUAUGACUUUCGUUUGUUUAUUGAAAAUAAUAAUUAACUUUGAUUUGUCUACUUUGUACAAAAGACAUUCUAAUUUAUGACACUGAAUUAGAAAUAAGUUAUGGGCAGCUUUUUAUUUCAGAAGUACUUACACCAAUAAAUGAAUCCCAAAGCCACU